CACGACGGAUCACGGCCGGGAACUCCGUUGGUGGACGAGCGGCCGGAGAAUUUGGUGCCGAGCGAACCGAGACGAUUUCGCGAGAGAAGUCACGACGGUCCUCUCUCGCUACCGUUACCGAGGUUCGCGGCCCAAAUGUUAAACAAUAACACCAACAACAACAACAACAACAACAACAAUAAUAACAACAGCAGCAACGUUAACAGCGGUAACAGUAACAAUACCGGUAGCAGCAAUAAUACUAGUAGCGGUAGUAGUAGUAGUAGUAAUCGGACGAACAAUUCGAGUUUGGCAAAAGUGACCAGUCCACCGUGUACCAAUUCGUCGUCAACGGCGCCGAGUCCGCGAACGGCGGUACAGCCGCCGGCGUCGCCGCCGCCACCGCCUCGCCACCCGAGCCCGAGCCCGACUAGCUCCGACAGCGAGACGGCGCCGCAGUCACCCAGCCUCGAGGAAAGGAUACGCUCCCUCGACGAAAAGUACGAGAAAUGGUCUGGAUCGAGAGCGUUGAGCGCCGCCGGCGGCGACGCUCUGGCCAAGCUCGACGCCACUGUGUCCGAAAGAUUCAGAUUUCGGCACAAGUUGCUCGACUUGGAUCUGCACGAGGUGCAGCCCAGCGACAUCGUCAAGUCGGUGCUCGCCAAGAGGAGCGUGUUCGACGAGGAUUCGAAGCGUUUGGAGAACUUUAGCGAGAAGUACGAGCCGAGAGAGUUCACCGGCGUGAUCAGCGGCGGCGGCGUCACCGGCUCGAUGAUCGCUGGCACGAGCAGUCUCGCGUCCAGCGGCGGUGCUGGCUGCACCGGCAAAGUUUGUCUGCAGUAUCCGUUUCCUAGUCAUCCACCGGUACAGUUGGCCAACAGCAGCAGCGGCAGCAGCAGCACCGGCAACAGCACCAGCAGCAUCAGCAUCGCGUCCCUGUCGUCCGGCUUGACGUUCACGACGAGCAUCUCGUCAUCAACGUUGAAGACGCCGGAUCCGCGGACCGGGAUACAACAGCACAAUUGCGUUCAUCCAACGCCGACCACGCCGAUCACACCCGGCACCUCGAUCAAGACCGUCAGCCCCGAAUUACCGCCGGUCUCUCUACCGAUCGGUCUUGGUGGCGGAACGGCAGCCACUAGUAGCGGCAAUAGUAGCGGUUUAGCCUCAGCGUGUAGUAUUCUUAGCAACAACGGUAGCAUAAGUAGCAUUCACGCUGUCGGAGCCUCAACCGCCAGAGGAUCGAUCGGUAGUGUCGGUGUUUCUUCCAUGCCAGUUGCCGCGGUCGCCGCCAUCGCCGCGUCGCCGUUCGUUUCAACGACGACGACGACGACGACGACGACGUUGUCGACGACAACGACUGCAACCACACUGGCGAUACCCACGGCUACGACCACGACAUUGUCGACAAUUUCUACGACCUCGAUCGCAACGCCGAUCGCCACGACCACGCAAAUCACCGUCACGACCGCGACAACCGUCGCAUCGUCGUCGAGUGGUCAGUAUCAAACUUCCAUGUCCACCGCCGCCGCCGCCGCCGCCGCCAUCUCGAUAUUACCGUCUUCCAUCAUCUCUUCGUCCAACACUUUGCCAUCUACCUUCGUUACCACCGCGUCACUGUCCUUGUCUUCGUCGUCCUGUUCGUCCUCCUCGUCGUCGUCGUCGUCCUCGUCGUCCUCGUCAUCGUCAUCGUCGUCUUCCUCGUCAUCUUCCUCCUCGUCGUCGUCCAUCGACUCUUCCCGAUCUCGGCCGAGGAAGGACGUGAUGAAAGACAGUAGAGAAGCAAAGUACAGCAGUGGCAUCAGUAAGAGCGGCAAGGAUUGUCAGAGAAAGUCGCGAAAGGAGGACGUCGUCGUGGACGUUGAGAAGAGCCGCAAGGACCGUGAGGAGAAGGACGGAAGCGGCGGAGAACGACAGAUACCGAACGACGUCGACAACGAGGGUGCAGGAGGAGGAGGAGGAGGAGGAGGCCACGCUGUGAGGGAAAGAGAGACAAGCAGCAGCAGCAGCAGCAAGGAGAUGCGUUAUGAGAGGAAGGAGAGGGAGGAGAAGGAACGGAAGGAGAAGGAGGAUCGCGAGAGGCAAGAGAGGCGAGAAAAGGACGAGGAGAGGCGGUUGGACAAGGAACGUCAGGAAAAGGAGAGGCGCGAGAGGGAGGAGAGAGAGCGGGAGAGAAAGGAACGUGAGGAGAGCGAGGCGAGGGAGAGGGAGAGAAGGGAGAAGGAACGACUGGAACGCGAGAAGAGAGAAAGGGAGGAGAAGGAGCGGCAGGAGCGGCGCGAGAGGGACGAACGAGAGAGAAGAGAGCGAGAGGAUCGCGAGAGGAAGGAGCGGGAGAUUCGUCUGGAGCGCGAGAAGCAGGAGAAGGAACGUUUGAGGAAGGAGAAGGAGGAGCAAGAGAGGCGGGAGAAGGAGGAGCGCGACAGGCUGGAACGAGAGAGGAGACGGGAAGAGAAGGAGCGGCUGGAGAGGGAGAGGAAGCGCGAGAGAGAGGAGAAGGAGCGGCUGGAGAAGGAACGGCGAAAAGAAAAGGAGAAGGAGAAGGAGAAGGAGAAGGAGGAACGAGAACGAGCCGAGAAGGAGAAGCGCGAGAAGGAGGAGAGGGAGAGGUUGGAACGGGAGAAGCACGAUCGGGAAAAGAGAAGGGAACGCGAGGAUCAGGAAAGACGGGAGAAGGAAAAGUCCGAGCGGGAGAAACGAAGGGGUGACAGAGAGGAGAAGGAGAAGGAGAAGAGAGAUCGUGAAGAGAGCAGACGGCAACAACAGCAACAGCAGCAGCAGCAGCAGCAGCAGCAGCAGCAGCAACAACAACAACAACAACAGCAGCAGCAGCAGCAGCAGCAGCAGCCGAUCGUCGAGAACCAUUUGCACCAGUCGUCUCAGAAUCAAGUUUUAGCCGGGCCGGUGUCGAUCAAGCGACGAUGCUCGUCGCAGGACGGCCCGACCGAGGACGACGCGAAACGCAUGAAGAUCAACGAUCACAGACGGGACAGCAAAGACCGGCCUAGACAGAAUCGAAGAUCCGAGGAUCGUAAACACCGGAACGACUCGCACAGAUCCAGCCGCGAGAGCAGAGAGAGCCGCGAGGGGAAGGAGAGCAGCAGUAGCGUGGCCGUUGGAUCGACGCAGGUUCAAGACACCAGGGAACAACAGAGUGGUGGUGGUGGUAGUAGCGGUCACUCGGUCGAGGUAAGCUCGACGAGAGAGUCGUCGACCAGGGAGAACCGAGAGACCACCAGCAGUCGCGAGAGUGGAAAGGAGAAACAGCGAAGCAAGAGGAAUCGCUCGGAGAAGGAGUCGAGGGAGCGAAGUCCAAGGGUAUCGUCGCACGAGUCGGACAAAGAGUUCCUAUCGAGGCUGUAUCACUCGAAGCGCAAUUACUCCAACUCGCCGAGCGAGGUACAGACAGCGACCACCGGUUCGAAUCAUUCGCGAGAAACGCAACAACAUCAACAACAGCAGCAGCAACAUCACCACCAUCAUCAUCAGCAGCAGCAGCCACAGCAUCAUCAUCAUCACCAUCAUCAACAGCAACAGCAACAGCAAUCUUCCGCGAACCUGCACAGCGACGUUGACGACGGCCCGUUGUCGACGUCCGACAUCCAGGUGGCCAACAGGCAUCCGUCGGCCACCGACACCGACAGCGACGAGCCUAAGAAACACUCCAUCUUCGACAUUGUCGACGACGAACCCGCGUACAUCAGCAUGUACGACAAAGUGAAGGCGCGCUCGACCAAGAACAUGCAGAAACUCGAAGAGGAGAAGCGGCAGGUGCGUCUCAAGGACAAGUUCUCGCAGCUGAAGCAGAGCAGAGCCAGGCGGGAGGAGAAGAAGCAGAGCACCUCGUGGGACGGUGACUCGGUGUCGAGUAAAGCUCUGACGGAGGACGAGGCCACUUCGGAGUCGGACUCGGCCAGGGCCAAGUCGCUGUCUCGAAAGAGUUCCAGGUCUCGAAUUCACUCGGACACCAGCGAGGAGGAGGAGCCGCCCUCGUCGUUCAACAAGAUUCGAAAGGUGGUGAAAACCACCGCUGCCGAGCGAUUCCUGGAGAGCGACGUGGAUCUCGGAUCCUUUGCCGACACCGAGGAGAAGCACAGCGUUCUGGAAGCGACGGCCUCGGUCACCACUACGACCACCAUCACCGCGACCACCACAGUCGCCGCCGUCGUUGCUGCCGCUUCAACGACCACUGUCACCACAACUGUCGCCGCCAUCGUUGCUCCCGCCGUCGUCACCACCACGACGAUCGCAUCGACCACGAAUCUGAUGGUCGCCAACAGCGUUCACGCGGGCGCAAAGGACGAACCGCGCACCUCGGACGACGACGAACGAAUCCCCGUUGUUGUUCCGUUCAAUCGUAGCAGCAGCAGCAGCGGCGGUGGUCAUCAUUCGGCGACGAUGGUGAUCAACAAUCACGAGCGAGAUUCGUCGCGGAAAAAGUCGCACAAGAAGAAGCAGAAGCGACAGAAAACCUCGACGUCGAACGACGACAAUUCACUGGCGAAGACGGCCACCGCGGCCGACUCGUCGGACGCGAUCGAGCACAAGAGCAGCAGCAGUAGCAGCAAGUCGAGCGUUGCGGCGACGGCAGCUGCGGCAGCGGCGGCGACCGAUUGUCGCCUGGCGAAUCACGCGCCCGAGUCGUCGUCGAUGACGACGACGACGACGACGACGACGACGACGAUGGUCGCCCCUCCGUCGGUGAUGGUGGCGGCGACCAGCGUCGGGAACAGUUCCUCCACCGUUCAAUCAGCAUCGAAACCUGAGAAGAAGAAAAAGGACAGCAACAAGUUCAUCCCCGGCUUUGGCAUCGAGAUCGACGAGACCAUACACGAGAACGCGGUGAAGAGCAUCUCGGAGCCGCCGGAGGAGCGCGAGAGCGGUCGAGACGAGCCAGAGGUGAACGCGUCGACGACGCCACCCGCUCAGACCGAGGACAAGCCGCGAGUGGCGAUUUCUCAAGAGGAGACGGAAGACGCAGUGGCCGCCCUGCUCGAGGAAACGUUCGGAGGCUCGACCGACGACUUUUCGUACGAGGGCGAGGAGGAGGAUGCCGAGGCGGAGGACGCGGUCGGGGCGCCAGCCGAGGCGCCUGAGGAGGAGGACGUCGAGGAGAUGCAGCAGGCGGUGGAGAGUUUGAACGCCUCGACCGGCGACGGCGAGACGGACAUCAAGCCACCGGACACGCCUCAGAGCGAGCACGACCUGCAAAUCGACACCGACACCGAGGAGGAUCCGAAUUACGAGACUUUCGAUCUCAGCCAACCACCGAAAACCCCGGACAUUCCAUCGUUUUACAAAUCACCGACCAAGACACCGACCGCCGUUGUUACCAGCGUAACCGAAAAGGUGAUCGAGGCGCGCAAAUCCUCCGUACCUGCAAAGUCAACAGCUAACUCACCACCAGCACCACCAGCACCACCGACCUCUGUCAUCGCCCAUUCUUGGAAUUUGAACGAGAAUCUGAAGCGGGAGAUGCUGAAAACCGUGCAACAAACGGUCGUCGAAAACGUCGACGAGGCUAUCGCUCCGGACGUGUGCGGCGCGGCCAGUCCGGAUCGAACAAUCAACAAUCCGCAAGCGCGUCGCGCCUCGACCAGCUCGUCGCCGCCCUCUCCGCAGUACAAGCAGCCGGUAUUGGGUAGCGUACCAAUCACCAGCGAAACGCCUAGAAUAGCGGCGAUCAGUCCCAGGCCAUCACCUUCGACGUCAGCACCGUCCACUCCAACGCCAACAGCCACACCGAUACCGACAUCGACACCGACACCGACAUCGACAUCGACAUCGACAUCGACAUCGACAUCGAUACCGACACCGAGCUCGACGCCAACGCCUUCCAUCGGUGUGCAGUCGCCUCUCUGCUAUCAGAAACUACCAGCGUCGCCGCAGUCUCAGAUGGCCGUCCCAGUCACUAGACAGACAUCUCCCAGACUGCAAAACGUCUCCGCGGUUUCCACGUCGGCUUCCACCAUUCAGCAGGUACCACCGCCGCCGUUACCGCCGUUGGUUCCGUCGAGGAUGCCACCGUUGGUGGUGCCCUCGCAACUGUCGCCGAGAAUCUUGCAGCCACUUUCGCCGAACGGGCAGUGGUCUCGAAACUCGGCUCUCGGCACUCACGUGGGCAAACCGUCGCCACCGGCGCCUUCAACGCCAACGCCGACGCCGACCGCGGCAGCCAGGAUCACCGCCGCCGCCGCGAGCACUGUUUCCUCGUCGUCGGUGGUCGCUGGUCACAGGUCGGCCGAAAGCCCUGCUCAACAAAUAUAUUCAACGGCGGCCAGUCAACAGCCGGUCAUCCAGCACGCGCCUGGCAUGAGAGCUCUGGCGCCCAGUCAUCCGAGGGGUGGCCUGCCGCCGUUGACGCUCAACAUUCCGCAUCGUCCUUACAUGCCUGUGCCGCCGUUGGCACCUGGUGGCGUCCAAGUCAAGAGCGGCCGGGACUCGACUCUGGGCGGCGGCAAGUCGGUCAUCGAGACGUUGCUCCCGGCCAAUCCGAACGAUCCGCCGCAACGCUUGGACGAGCCGAAAUUGUCGCCGGCCGUUAUACCAGAAUCGACCAACAAGGCUUCCACCUCGCCCAAGGUCCCUUCGCCCAACCAGCCGCCCACCUACAUCCCAGAAACGGCCAAGAUCGAGAUCAACGCCGCCAGCACUGGCAGCGGUACGACGUCCAAUCUGGUAUUCGGGAAAUCGGCCAGCGUCGGGGAAACGUGCGCCUCCUCCCUGUCGUCCAGAGCUCAGAAACAACUGUCUGGCCCGAUCACAGCCGGCGACAACAAUCUACCGUCGCCUAGGCAGAAGCAAGAGAUGGCGAGCCUUCAGCUCUUGACCACCCACGUGCCACGUUCGUCCACGCCCAGCCCCGUGAUCGUCGCUCACGGACAGUCGCACCUGGUCCACAAGUCCGUCGUACACACAGUCGUCGGAGCGUCCGCAGUUUCCUCGACGAAUCAACCGUUGAUCAAGACCGUGGUACCCGUGUCAGUUUCUCAGCAGCAGCAGCAGCAACAGCAACAACAGCAGCAGAUCGCGUCCACCGUGACGACGACACUGGUAACACAGUCCGAGGAGAAGUGCGCGAUCGCGCCGACUUCGCUCUCGUCUCUGAACCAAACCGGGCAGAGGCACUCGCCGAGCCUGCAACCGAGUCAUCACGUCACCAAACAGCCGCAAGCCAUCGUGGCCAGAACGACGUCGGUAUCGUCCUCUGUCGAGCAACAAAACACCGGAACCGUGGUCGAGCAACGCCCACCGCCGGAGCAAGAGUUGCAGGUCGAUCCGGAGGCGCAGACCGCGCAAACGGCCCAACCUAUGCAACUCACUCCUCCGGUGCAACCAACUCAGCCGAUCGACAUUGUCAAGGAGGAGCCGUCAGACGUCACGAAGCACGAGAACGAUCAAACUACUGCGAUCAAGCUGGAGUUCUCGAGCAACGAGUUCGAACACCAGCGCUAUCAUCACUACCAUCACCGUCACCACCACCAUCACCCGGUGGACUCGAAACCGCCAAAGAUCGAGCAACAACCGAUCGAUCCAGUCAAGUCUGAAAAGUUCGAGCCCUCCUCCCUGGAGGACGAUCGUCUCGUCGUUCCGAAAAGGUCGAUGGACGUGGAGAUUCCGAUCAAGUCGGAGCUGAAGGAAGAGGAGGUGGAGGAAGAGGAGGAGGAGGAGGAGGAAGAGGAAGAGGAGGAGGAGGAGGAAGGGGAGGAAAUUGCGAAAGAGACCGAGGAAGCAGAUUUGGAGGAGGAACCGACAGAGGAUCCGUUGAAGGAACCGAGCACCGAUCCGCUGGCCAUCGACACGGCGUCCAUCAACAAGGAGGAUCCGGCCGACGGUAAGGAGGACAGCGAUUACUGGUCGGCGAAGGAGGUGAACAUCGAGAGCGUGAUAAAGAAGGUGGACGCGCUGUGCGACGGCGAGGGCAACGACGACGACGACGACGCUGACGAAGAGGAGACGACGAUUACCGCGCGGCGCUCGAGUCAACGCGUAGGAGGAGGAAGCGAGGAACGAAGGGAACAACAGCAGCAGCAGUCGACAAAACAGGCAAAAACCAACGAACAGCCCGAACAGUGGUUCGAGCGAGCGGCCGCGGUAGCGGAGGUUUCCAGCGAACCGGAGCCAAAGAAAAACUUGGCCGCCAGCAGCGAGGAACAGCAGCAGCAACAGCAGCAGCAGCAGCAGCAACAACAACUACAACAACAACAAGACGAAGGAGUGGAAACGUGCGAGAGCGAGUCGACCAAGAGCAGUCGCCGAGGUCGAACCAAGAGCAGGCGAGGAGGCAGUAGCCGCGGCGGCGUGACCACCAGAAGGAGCAGCCGAAACACCGCUGCCACCGCGGUGCACAAACGGGGCGCCAGAACGUCCCGUGGAAGCAAGCUUCACGUGGAGAAGAACAAAUUGCCGGCGGACGUGUACGAGUUCCACGACGACAGCGAGGAGGACAACGCGGGACGACCGCGGCUGAUACUCACGAUCAAGUCGCCGGUGCCGAGCAGCCUGACCGGGCCGAACGCGCACGCGGCGACGCCCAUCGCCGCGGUGAAGGAAGUGCCGCCGGAGGAGUUUGUGCCUCCGCCAACGGCCAAUAUCAGAAAGUCGAGAAGACUGGCCGAGAGGGACGGAAUUCGAAACACGGUCGACGACGUGAUCGAGGACGUGGUGCGUGGCUCCGCGUCGAACAAAGGGGCGAUCGGUGGACCCGCGGCAGGGAUGCACGUUCAUGCCACCAGACGAAGCACCAGACACAACAACUCUCCUCGCAACGUGCAGCAAACCACCACCGUGCAACUAGCCGAACCUCGCAAGUCACCGCGAGGCGUUCGUGGUAAAUCCGCGAUGCGGAGAACUUCCGAGAACGACGACGACGAGGAGUACCAUCGUGACCAACUGACCAAGAUCAAGGAGACGCCACCGCCUCCACCACCACCACCGCCACCGCCACCGCCACCAGCACCAACGCAGCAUCAACAACAUCAACAACAACAACAACAACAACAGCAGCAGCAGCAGCAGCAGCAGCAAGAGUCGCGCAACAAGGAAGAGAGCGUUGCCGCUCCACUUCGAGACGAGACCGUACCAAAGCCUGAGGAGACGAGCCAGCAGCAACAGCAGCCGCAACAGCAACAGCAACAGCAACAGCAACAACAGCAGCAACAGUUGUCUGUCGCCACUGCUCCGUCAUCUACGCAAAAGUCGGUUUCUCAUGAACCGAUGACGCUGAUCGAUCCGGUGACUGGAAUGCUUAUACCGAUGAGAGAGUCGGAAGAAGGUCAGUACAUUCCGGUUUCGACUUCCGGACAGACGCAAGCGGCUAUUGUCGGUAGCAGAGCUACCUGCGAGUCGAGAAACGCCCCGGCCCCGACGUCCAACAUCACUGAGGCAUCGUUGCCUCGAUCGAAACCUCUUCAGCCGGAGAAUCUGACCGUUGCCGAGGAACUGAAGAAGGAACAAGCUCCAGAAUUACAUCACCCUCAACAGAUUCAACCGCAGACUAGCGUUAUCACGAAACCGCAGUCUCCGGCGGUUCAAGUCACUUCCGCCACCAUUUCCAUCACGACUGCCUCCUUAGCUGCCACGGCAGCCAUUCCACAGACGACGCCAGCCACUCCGUCGAAACCCACGAGCCUCAAGGCUCACGUUUUGAACGCCAGCAAGCUGGCUACUCCGGUUGUUCAGCAACAGCAACAGCAGCAGCAGCAGCAGCAAGUGGUUAUUACCAAACCGCCGACGGCGAUCGCCAGUAUGCCCGGCCAAUCGCCGUUGGUGGUGCAGCCGUCGAAUCUCGUGAAACCGACGCAGCCGGCCGUCCAAGCAUUGCAUCUACAGGUCUCCAGCAACAGAGUAGCGUCGCCGAGUUUGAGCCCUCGCACGAAGCAGACGGUGGCGCAGAUCGCUGCUGCGAACGGAGGGAAAGGUCAAGGACAACCAAUGUCGCCGGUACUGAACAACACCGGCGCCCCACCGAAUCCCAAGCAACAUCUCCUGCAAGCGGCCAAGCAGCAGACGUCGACGAUAAUGAACCUUCCUCAAAAAUUGGCCAUGAACGUCCAACCAGUUAGCGUGACGGUAGCACCGCCGACACCGAGAAUCCAUCAGCCUGUGGUGGCCUCCCAACCGACGGCGCUCAAGGCCAUCAACGGGCAGCCGCAUCCUUUGAACCCGAAGGCCCACUUGCUGCAGGCAGUGGUGCCGCCGAUGGUCGUGGCCAGUCCGCCCACUCAGUCGCACUUGAUGAACCCUCAGCCUGGCAGCGUCAGCUGCUCGAGACCUCCAGCACCGAAACCAUCGCUGAUGACGGGUCCAAUGGAGCCACCGAAGGUAGAAGUGUCAAUGUCCGGUUGCAUCAUGGCUCCAACUGCGAGUCCUCAGGCACGAGGAGUACCGAUGUCGACGUACGAAGGACCAUUGCAUGGGAGUGCGGGUGCUGCUCCAUCGCCAGGGGGCCAAUAUGGACUUGUUCCCCCGCAUCGAUCCCAGAGUCCUCCAUUGCCCCCACCUGCCCAUCAUCAUGCUAACGCUUCUCAGGGUGACGUUGUCAAUCACUACGGAGGACUGACGAGAGGCGGAGAAUUGCCUCCGCACUAUAUGCACCAUCCACAAAUAUUGCAGUACCAGUACCUGCGCGCGCAACAGGAAGCCCUGACGGCCCCGCGCAUAGCUUAUCACAUUCAAGAGACCCGAUCCCCUCAUCUGCCGCUAGACCCGAAACUGGAGACAGGCAUCGAGGACAGUCACAGUCCACCGUUGGAACUGAGACGCAGCGCGAGAACCCCGCAAGAUCGUACCACCGACAGCCCUCAAGUGGCUCAAGUGUACAUGAUGCACGGAGCGGUGAGGCUACCGCCGCCGCCGCCGCCGCCACCGCCUCCGCAGUACAACGCCGGCAGUAAUCCAUCGUUGACCGGCGCGCAAGCAGCAGCAGCCACUAGAGGCGGCUUCUACGAACCUCCGCCGGCGCAUUUACGCUCCCAGUAUCCUAUCGCCGCCAGCGAGGCGCCGAGCGACAGGGCCAUCACCCCGGACAGGCCUAGGAAACACCAAGUGGUCACCCCGCCUCACGCCUCGCAAGUACCGCCGCAAGCAGACUCGUUCCAAAUGUUGUUGCAACGUUACCCGGUCAUGUGGCAGGGGCUGCUGGCCCUGAAGAACGACCAAGCAGCGGUUCAGAUGCACUUCGUGUUCGGUAAUCCGAACGUGGCGAGGGACAGUUUGCCGUGCAACAGCGACGGCUCCACCCCACCGUUGAGAAUCGCCCAGAGGAUGAGAUUGGAACAGACACAGGUCGAAGGAGUGGCGAGGAAGAUGCAGAUGGACAACGAACACUGUAUGCUUCUCGCGCUUCCUUGCGGCCGGGACGAAGUGGACGUAUUGCAACAGAGCAAGAAUCUUCAAACCGGAUUUAUCAUGUAUCUACAACAGAAACAGGCCGCUGGAAUUGUCAACAUCGCUGCACCAGGAUCGCAACAGCCUGCGUACGUGGUUCACAUCUUUCCAUCGUGCGAUUUCGCGAACGAGAGCCUGGCGCGAAUCGCGCCGGAUUUGCUACACCGUGUCGCAAAGAUUGCCCACUUGCUCAUCGUGAUCGCCACGGUUUGAGGCCAAUCAGUGAUUCAUUGGAUUACAAACUUACCUAGACGUUUCUCGACUUCACGCACUUGUAGGACGCUUCGUACGUGGCAUGAAGCCUUGGAGUGUCCAUCCGACAAAGUGCCGUAUCGUACCGUUACAAACGAAGAUACGAGAUUACUUCCGAGGGAACGGGAGAAUGGUUUCGCUUCUUCGGCAAGUUAUAUUAUAUCAGUGACAAUCAGACGAAAAAUUCGUCGGUGAAUCGUACCGACUUUCUCAUUCACCUAGAUCGUAGGGCCUAAGACGCAUUAGGUACGGGGUUGUGUAUCGUAGAGAGGCUAGCACGGUCAAUGUCCAAACAUCACCGAGCGUGUCUUUCUCCCCCUCCCCCCUCCCUCCCCCGGGUUACUUUGCGAUUGCGAGUCCACAUUCUGUUCCCAUUCGAUGGGACAACGACUCGCGGCAACACCAUUCGUCGAACUGACGACGUUUGUGAGAUCGACCGACGUCACUCUUGGUCUUUCUGACAAGCGGGUCAGGCACAACCCCAGCCCUUGGUGAAGACCUUCGAUUAAUAAAGAUCACGGCGAUCAUCGCUAUAAUAAGAAAGAAAAAGAGAAAGAAAUCUGAAGAAAAAGUA